CCAGGCUUGAGCCCAAUAUCAUCCGGGUCGUGUUCGGCUAACAGCAGCCUAGCAACGCCCACGAAACCACGGCGAGAUCUCCGCGACCGCGAGCGGCGAAGGCGAUGGGCGAUUUGGGUCGCAGAAGAGGGAAGCCGGCGACUCCGGCUGGUCUUCCGCAACGAAGACCAUGCGUGGUCACCCGUUCGUUCGCGCGGACGCCGCCGCCGCCGACGCAUUGCUUCGUUCGCCGUCGGAGGCGACGCUUCAGCCAAAUUUCCGCUUCAUUAUACGAGGUAAAGUCUGACGAGUCGGAGAAGAUAAUCACGAGAGGAAGAAAAUGAGCGCUUUUGGAGGAUGAGAUUGAUUUUGUCAAUUCUUCGUCGGAGGGUGACUCCGAUCGUAGGAGUGUCGAUGCAUCUCCGGUGGCGAAGCCAGAAUCAAUCCCGUGGCCCUUGCUCAUAACGCCUUCUCAGCACUUUUCUGGAGAGCCUUGGGACCGAGAUUAAUCUGCAUGAACAAUGACUUCAUUAUCAGGUCAGGAAUGAGAGGACAAGUAUCAAGACAACACCCAUCAUGGGGAAAGGCACACAUUCCAAACUUGCUUUCUGCCUCAUGCUUUCUUCUUCCUGUUAUAAAACCUGUGGUCUUCUUCCCCCUGCAGAUCAUAAGAGGACUCGUGUCCUAUAACCAUUCCUUAACCACUACUUAAAUAACUGUCUGUGUACUUUAACAAUGGGCGUGGCCUUGAGUGUUCUUGGGAAGCUUGGCUUGCCCAGCGUGGACUCGUUAACUACAGACAAGGUCUAUGAAAAUUUUUUCAUUGAUGUAAAAGAUUAUCCAGGUUUUCAUAACAGUUUUAUUAAGAUGUUCAGCGACAUUAACACGAUCAUGCCGGGCAAACAUUAUAUUCUAAAAGCAACUACUAAGGAAAUGGAGGAGCUUUACAAGGACUGGAAAGACAAAGCCCCAACAGAUGAGGAGAAGAAGAAACUAGUGGUGGACUUCCUGAACCUGCACGUCGAGGAGUACAAGGCCAAUUCAACUGCUAUGAUUGCCACCGGCCUGGUUGCCCCUGGUGCCGCCGUCGUCCUCAAGAAGUCUGGCCAGAAGGUGCCGCAGUUGAAGAUGCUCCGACUCGACCUCGUCCCCAACGCUGUGUUCGUGCCCACCGUCACUCUCCUGUCCCUCAUCGGCGUCAGGAUGUUCAACCUCAGCAAGGCCCCUGCAAAGUUUACUAAUAAAGCCUAAUAUAAUUAUGCCAAAUCUCAGCUUAAGAAAUUGUGGCAAUCAAUAAACUUAUUAAAAUUCAUUGUAAACAACAAGUCAAUCUCAGAGAGCAAAUGUAUUUGAUUUUCUUCUGCCAAUAAUUUACCAAUUGUCUCAUGCAAAUUGUAACCAAAUAAUAAAUAAAAUUAGUUUAAAUCAUAAA